CCUCUUCCUCUUAUUUCUCUCCGCAUCUCCCCCACCACCUGCCACAGCAGCGACGCAGCGAUGGAGAACCUCCGCGAAUGAUUUCACGCUUCACGCAAGACUUGCGAGAGGGAGAAGAGAGACACACACCGAGGCAGCAGGCAGGAGAUAAGGAGGGGAGACACGGAGAGAGAGAGAGAGAGAGAGAGAGAGAGAGAGAGAGACCUGCGCAGAACAGAAACAUAUGGUUCGUCUGAAGAGCGGCUUUUUUUUUCCUGAGGACCGCCGAAAACCAGAGCUGAAACUUAUUCAACCACCGCGACCAGCUGAGGAGGCUCGUUAGUCUCGCCCGUGGAGACGCUUCUUUCUUUGUGCUCUCACCUGUGCGUGACUGCGCUCAUUCACCUCUGUCUCCAUUACUUCGAACGGGGUGGAAUUGCGGUUGUUGCGCCUUCCCGCACACGGGCACACGCACUCGCACUCGUGCACGCGCACUGGCCAUCACAAGACGACGAGAGCUUCUUGCAAAGGAGGAGAUUGAAUUAAGACAAAUUACACCCCGCGGAAGAGGAGCACACGAGAGUGACUGGCUUCAUUCACCUUGUGUCCUAAAGGGCCCGACGGGAGUCUCCCAGAAACCCCUCUCUUCCACCCCCCCCCCCCCCAUCACUCCCCCCUCUCCCCCUCACCUCCCCCCUCGGUAACGAGCCAUGUCUGGACGGACUGUGACCAUCCCGGACGACCGGGCGUUCGCCAGCUUCAAGGCGGAGGGUCUGUGCGAGGAAGGCUGGAGCAUGAACCACAACAAGGGGGGCAUCACGGUGUGGACUCAGGCUCUGGAGGAGGGCAAGUCCAUCCACAAGAUCAAGUGUCGUAUGGUGUGCAAGGACGUGUCGGCGGAGACCAUGUACGACGUUCUCCACGACAUCGAAUACAGAAGGAAAUGGGACACAAACGUCAUUGAGACCUUCGAUAUCGGGAAACUCACAGUCAACGCGGAUGUUGGUUACUACUCGUGGAAGUGUCCGAGUCCUCUUCGGAACCGCGACGUCAUCACGCUUCGCUCCUGGCUGCCGAUGGGGAAAGAUUACAUCAUCAUGAACUACUCCGUGAAACACGACAAAUACCCUCCUAAAAAGGACAUGGUGCGCGCUGUGUCCAUUCAGACAGGCUACCUGAUCCAGAGCCAGGGACCGACCAACCACUGCACUCUCACUUACAUGGCCCAAGUAGAUCCACGAGGUUCGUUACCCAAGUGGGUUGUCAACAAGUCUUCCCACUUCUUUGCUCCCCAUGCUAUGAAAAAGAUCAACAAAGCCUGUUUGAAGUAUUCCGAGUGGAAGCAGAGACACAACCCUGGCUUCAAACCCUGGCUCUACCCCGAACAGACUACAUUACCCAGCAUCCCCCUCUCUGAGCUCAGCAUCCAGCAUGCAGAGAGCCUGGAGAAUAUUGAUGAAAGCUCCCUGGCUGAGACCCAGGAGAGAGAAGACAGCGACUAACGCACACUCAAUCCCACACGCACACGACCAUGUAUUCAUGCACACACAAACCGUAAUGCAGGGUUACAUGCAUGCCUGGUACACAUCCACAAUUACACUUAUGUACAUGUGAUUCCAAAUAUAAGUAUGUGUGUAUGCACAUGCUGUUGCAUAUGCAGGCAUACUCACAGGCACGUGUGUGUAAGCUCAUACAUGCCACAUAGAUGCACUCCCAGAAACACAGAAAACGACAUAGCUUUACAUGUGGGUGAACUCAUAUUCCUGGUAAUCAGAAAGGUGCUCUCAUUCAAAAUAUGAAGAGUUGAUUUCAGAAUUAUACUUUAUCUGCAAGUUAUGUAUACAAUCUUUUUUAGUAGGAAAAACAUCUCUGUGUAUCCCCCGAACGGUCGUGUGUACAGCAAGUACACAGACAGUAAUUCAUCAUUCAUUUAAACUAUGGACUCUGACAAAUAUACACACCCUUAAAUACGUUCUGCCCAAGUGGUCUCUCCGUCACUCAUGGGUUUCCAUGACAUUUUGUAAGCACAUUAUACAUGUGCAGGUGUGCAGUAGGCAGCUGGAACCACUAACCUGCAACCCUUUCAUACACACACACCCAUACAGAUGUUACACACGUACCGUCAGCUACUUUAUUUGAGAGAUGUUUGAAUGUAUGUAGAGUUUGAAAAUUAAACAUAUUCCUACAAAGGUUUUCAAAUUUC